UUACUCACCGUCACGGUCUCACACUACUUGGCCGCCUUCUUCACCCUCAUCACUGAAACCCUCUGCGUGUUUGCGUCUUGCAUGUUGCGACAUUCUCUACAUACUUGGGCUCUUUGGGUCCUUUUCUAGAUACCUCUUCUCUCCUUCUUGCAUGACAUUCCCCAGGUUUCCCUGCUGCUAAUGCAUUAAUUCCUCCCCAUUGUCAAAUUCGACCAGCUCCUCCCAGUCAACACCGUCGACAGCACGCUGGAGUGUUCCGCCAAGUUCAUGCCAAGAGCAUUUAUUACUUAUCCAUUAUCCUCCCCAAAUGUGAAGCCAAAUGUUGACUUUCCCUGCCCAAUGUCAACACAGCAUCUGCGACCUAUGCCUCUUGAGAAUCCAUUGCUCUGUUAUAAACUGUGUGUUUCUCUCAGUGCGACAACAUUCUCUUCUUCUCUGAAACAAUAUUCAUCCCAAAAUGGAGCAAAGGCAAUUUUGACUCUUGAACAACUUCCUCCAAAUGCCCUUCGCCGCAAGAGUGACCCACAUUGGAGAGGAGGCUUCAGCCUUGGACUCGAUUUGGGAAUGGCUCGCACAGGCCUUGCCCUAAGUAAAGGCUUUGCUGUUCGUCCUUUGACGGUUUUGGAAUUGCGAGGGCAGAAGCUUGAGGUCCAGCUUCUUAGGAUUGCUGAACAGGAGGAAGCUGACGAAUUUAUCAUUGGGCUUCCUAAAUCUUCUGAUGGGAAGGAAACACCACAAUCAAACAAAGUUCGCAGCAUUGCAGGAAGGCUUGCAGUUCAAGCCGCAGAGAGGGGUUGGAGAGUGUAUCUACAGGAUGAACAUGGGACAACAGCUGAAGCAAUUGAUCGAAUGAUUAACAUGGGUCUCAGUAAGUCCUCUCAGCACAGGAAACUUGAUGCUUAUGCUGCCAUGAUGGUACUGGAGAGAUAUUUCCACUUGUCAGGUGAGGGUGUUGAACUUGUAUUGCCCAAGAAUCUUGAUCUGCAAGAAAAGCUUCAAAAGGGUCCUCCCAAAGACAUUGAUUUCUUUGAUGAAUUUGAGGGCUGAAGAGUGGUCACAGGGAGGUAGUGACAUGGCAAGAUGAAGCUUUUGGAAACCCUACUGUUAUUCAUGCUUGAGAAAUCUUAUCACACACGAACGAGCAGAUGAGAAAGAUUUUAGGGCCCAUUUGUUUUGUUAGAAUGGAAUGAAAUGAAUUAUAAAAAAAAUAAAAAUACAUUGAUCAAGAUGUGGGGAAGAGAUAAGUUAAUUAUGUUCAUGUGGAGGAAUGGAUAAUUUAAAUGGAUAAUUUAGUUCAUGAGAUUGAAAGUCAUGAUUCCUGAGGUUCACAGUAAAUUUGGUGAUUCUCAUAUUCAGGGCUUGUGGUAUUGAGUUUUUUUAUGUUUAUUAUGAAAGAUUGGAUAAUUUAGUUCA